AUGUCAUCCUGGACCAUGGGUACCCGCAGCCCGGACAAGCGAGGAAGUUUCUUUAAGCUGAUUGACACCAUCGCCUCGCAGAUCGGAGAACUGAAGCGGGAGAUGGUGCAGACGGAUGUCAGCCUGGAAAAUGGCCUGGGACCCACCGAAGCCCACAGCAUGGUGAGACACAAGGAUGACGGCUGUCCCCAGGAGAAGGAAGUGAAGACCUGUCCCCGGGACUCUGGCUAUGACAGCCUCUCCAGCAGGCUCAGCAUUUUGGACCGGCUUCUCCACACCCACUCCAUAUGGCUGCAGCUGAAUCUGAGUGAGGAGGAGGCGGCAGGAGUCCUACAGUCCCAGCCCCCGGGGAUUUUCCUGGUUCGUAAAUCCACCAAAAUGCAGAAGAAGGUCCUCUCCCUUCGCCUGCCCUGUGAAUUUGGAACUCCACUCAAGGAAUUUGCCAUAAAGGAAAGCACAUACACCUUUUCCCUGGAAGGCUCAGGAAUCAGCUUUGCGGAUUUAUUCCGGCUCAUUGCUUUCUACUGCAUCAGCAGGGACGUUCUGCCGUUCACCUUGAAGUUGCCUUAUGCCAUCUCCACGGCCAAGACGGAGGCUCAGCUUGAAGAACUAGCCCAGCUGGGACUAAAUUUCUGGAGCUCUCCAGCUGACAACAAACCCCCAAACCCUCCACCUCCCCAUAGGCCUCCCUCCACUGAAGGCGUUUGCCCUGCCUCCCGCCAGCUCUGCCUUAUAAAUGGAGUGCAUUCUAUCAAAACCAGGACGCCUUCGGAGCUGGAGUGCAGCCAGACCAACGGAGCCCUGUGUUUCAUUAAUCCCCUUUUCUUGAAAGUGCACAGCCAGGACCUCGGCGGAGGCCCGAAGCGGCCCUGCACCAGGACUCCCAACGCGAAUGGCACCCCCGAGAGGCCUCGGUCCCCCCCACCCAGGCCCCCGCCGCCCGCUAUUAAUAGUCUGCACACAAGCCCUCAGCUGUCCGGGACCGAAACCCGGGCGAGCAUGCCAGAAACAGUCAACCAUCACAAACAUGGGAACGUAGCUCUGCUUGGAACGAAACCAACCCCCAUCCCUCCACCCCGGCUGAAGAAGCAGGCUUCUUUUCUGCAGGCGGGAGGAGGCGGCGCAAAGACCUUGACCGGCAGCCAGCCCGAGGGCGACGGGGACGGGGAUCGGGAGCUGCUGCAGCCGCAGGAGGAGCCGGAGCCCCGCGCAGCUGGCAGCCCAGGUGGCGCCCCGCCUGCCGAGGCCCCGGGGGAUUGCACAAGGGCCCAGCCCGCCUGCUCUGAAUCACGCCCCCCGUGGCAUGGAGGAGGCAGACAGAGGCUCAGCGACAUGAGCAUUUCCACUUCCUCCUCCGACUCGCUCGAGUUCGACCGCAGCAUGCCCCUGUUUGGCUACGAGGCAGACACCAACAGCAGCCUGGAGGAGGACUACGAGGAGGAGAGCGAUCAGGAGACCAUGGCCCCCCCCAUCAAGUCCAAAAAGAAGAGGAACAGCUCCUUCGUGCUGCCCAAGCUCUUCAAGUCCCAGCUCCGCAAGAUGAGCGGCGUGUUCAGCUCCUUCAUGACCCCGGAGAAGCGCAUGGUCCGCCGGAUCUCCGAGCUGUCCCGGGACAAGUGCACCUACUUCGGCUGCCUGGUGCAGGACUACGUGAGCUUCCUGCAGGAGAACAAGGAGUGCCAUGUGUCCAGCACGGACCUGCUGCAGACCAUCCGGCAGUUCAUGACCCAGGUGAAGAACUACCUGUCGCAGAGCUCGGAGCUGGACCCCCCCAUUGAGUCUCUGAUCCCCGAAGACCAAAUAGAUGUGGUGCUGGAAAAGGCCAUGCACAAGUGCAUCCUGAAGCCCCUGAAGGGGCACGUGGAGGCCAUGCUGAAGGACUUCCACGUGGCCGACGGCUCCUGGAAGCAGCUCAAGGAGAACCUGCAGCUUGUGCGGCAGAGGAACCCCCAGGAGCUGGGCGUCUUCGCCCCGACCCCGGACAUCGUGGACGUGGAGAAGAUCAAAGUCAAAUUCAUGACCAUGCAGAAGAUGUAUUCGCCGGAAAAGAAGGUCAUGCUGCUGCUGCGGGUCUGCAAGCUGAUUUACACGGUCAUGGAGAGCAACUCAGGGAGGAUGUAUGGCGCCGACGACUUUCUGCCGGUCCUGACCUAUGUCAUAGCCCAGUGCGACAUGCUGGAGCUGGACACGGAGAUCGAGUACAUGAUGGAGCUCUUGGACCCUUCGCUGCUGCACGGAGAAGGUGGCUAUUACUUGACAAGCGCCUACGGGGCACUUUCUCUGAUAAAGAAUUUCCAAGAAGAGCAAGCUGCAAGACUGCUCAGCUCCGAGACCAGAGACACCCUGAGGCAGUGGCACAAACGGAGAACCACCAACAGGACCAUCCCUUCCGUGGACGACUUUCAGAAUUACCUCCGAGUUGCCUUCCAAGAGGUCAACAGUGGCUGCACGGGAAAGACGCUCCUGGUGCGGCCGUAUGUCACCACCGAGGACGUGUGCCAGCUGUGCGCCGAGAAGUUCAAGGUGGGGGACCCCGAGGAGUACAGACUCUUCCUCUUCGUCGACGAGACGUGGCAGCAGCUGGCAGAGGACACCUACCCUCAGAAAAUCAAGGCCGAGCUGCACAGCCGGCCCCAGCCCCACAUCUUCCACUUUGUCUACAAGCGCAUCCAGAACGACCCUUACGGCAUCACAUUCCAGAACGGGGAGGAAGAUCUCACCAUCUCUUAG